GGGACAGGGCGCCCUGCGCCUCUGAAUGCGCGCUGGACCGCCUCGCGGGGCACCUGGUAGCCCGCGGGUUGCCGGUGUUCCGCCUCGGGCAUGGAUUCUUGGGAAGGACCUAUUGUCUGUAUUGGCUGCACGUUUUAGCUCGUUCACCGCACGGAUUUCUUAGAUGUAGUUCAGGUACCGAUUACACCAUUCUUUGGCGAAGGCUGUUCAGCGCUGGUGACCUCUUCCGAUCGGACACUCUACAAAUUAUUAUCUCUGGACGUCCAGCUGACACCCUGCCGGAGGCAAGAACUACUAAGCCAACUGGAACUGUGCCUUUUCUCUUGUCAAGGCUUUUUUCUUACAGAGGAAAGAAAAGAAAAAAUGAAGUUGGGCAGAGUGGAGCUCUGCCAUUUUCUGCAGCUGAUCGCACUUUGCCUGUGUUUCUCUGGCAUGAGUCAGGCUGAACUCCCCAGGUCCAGAUCCAAGCCCUACUUCCAAUCGGGGCGGUCCCGGACCAAGCGCAGCUGGGUGUGGAAUCAGUUCUUUGUGCUGGAGGAAUACAUGGGCUCUGACCCCCUCUAUGUGGGCAAGCUUCACUCUGAUGUUGAUAAAGGAGAUGGCUCCAUCAAAUACAUCCUGUCAGGCGAAGGGGCGAGUUCCAUCUUCAUCAUCGACGAGAACACAGGAGACAUCCAUGCCACCAAGAGGUUGGACCGCGAGGAGCAGGCCUACUACACGCUGCGUGCCCAGGCGCUGGACCGGCUCACCAACAAGCCCGUGGAGCCCGAGUCCGAGUUCGUCAUCAAGAUCCAGGACAUCAAUGACAAUGAGCCCAAGUUCCUGGACGGCCCGUACACCGCAGGGGUUCCCGAAAUGUCUCCUGUGGGGACCUCCGUGGUACAGGUGACAGCAACGGAUGCUGAUGACCCCACCUAUGGCAACAGUGCCCGAGUGGUCUACAGCAUCCUGCAAGGGCAGCCGUAUUUCUCUGUGGAACCAAAGACAGGAGUCAUCAAGACCGCCCUUCCAAACAUGGAUAGAGAGGCUAAAGACCAGUAUUUGCUUGUUAUUCAGGCAAAGGAUAUGGUUGGUCAAAAUGGAGGACUCUCAGGAACUACUUCGGUCACCGUGACCCUAACUGAUGUCAAUGAUAACCCACCUCGCUUUCCUCGAAGGUCUUACCAGUAUAAUGUUCCAGAAUCACUGCCAGUAGCUUCUGUUGUGGCCAGAAUUAAAGCAGCCGAUGCAGAUAUAGGUCCUAAUGCUGAAAUGGAGUACAGAAUCGUGGAUGGUGAUGGAAUGGGGAUUUUCAAGAUUUCUGUUGACAAAGAUACUCAGGAAGGAAUCAUUACUAUACAGAAGGACCUGGAUUUUGAAGCCAAAACAAGUUACACGCUACGGAUAGAAGCCGCAAACAAAGAUGCCGACCCUCGCUUUCUCAGCUUGGGGCCAUUCAGCGACACCACAACGGUGAAGAUCAUUGUGGAAGAUGUGGAUGAGCCCCCAGUGUUUUCCUCGCCCUUGUACCCCAUGGAGGUGUCGGAAGCCACCCAAGUUGGGAACAUCAUUGGCACUGUAGCAGCUCAUGACCCAGAUUCUUCUAACAGCCCUGUGAGGUAUUCAAUUGACAGAAACACUGACUUGGAGAGAUAUUUCAACAUUGAUGCCAACAGUGGAGUUAUUACAACCGCCAAAUCUUUGGAUCGGGAGACAAAUGCUGUUCAUAACAUCACAGUUCUCGCAAUGGAGAGCCAGAAUCCAUCUCAAGUGGGACGAGGCUAUGUGGCCAUUACGAUACUUGACAUCAAUGACAACGCCCCCGAAUUCGCCAUGGACUAUGAAACCACCGUCUGUGAGAACACUCAGCCGGGGCAGGUUAUCCAGAAAAUCAGUGCGGUUGACAAAGACGAGCCAUCCAGUGGACACCAGUUUUAUUUCAGCUUAACGACGGAUGCAACAAAUAACCACAACUUUUCAUUGAAAGACAACAAAGACAACACAGCCUCCAUUCUCACCAGGAGAAAUGGCUUCCGGAGACAGGAGCAGUCUGUUUACUACCUUCCAAUCUUCAUCGUGGACAGUGGUUCACCUUCCCUCAGCAGCACCAAUACCCUCACCAUCCGUGUCUGUGAUUGUGAUGCAGACGGGAUAGCCCAGACCUGCAACGCGGAGGCCUACGUGUUACCGGCGGGUCUCAGUACUGGCGCCCUCAUCGCUAUCUUGGCCUGUGUCCUGACGCUGCUGGUGCUGGUUCUCCUGAUCGUCACCAUGAGAAGACGGAAAAAAGAGCCACUCAUUUUUGACGAAGAGAGAGACAUCAGAGAAAAUAUCGUCAGAUACGAUGACGAGGGCGGGGGAGAGGAAGACACGGAAGCCUUUGACAUGGCCGCGCUGCGCAAUCUCAACGUCAUCAGAGACACCAAGUCCAGGAGGGAUGUGACUCCAGAAAUUCAGUUCUUGAGUCGACCCACUUUCAAAAGCAUCCCAGAUAAUGUCAUCUUUAGGGAAUUUAUUUGGGAGAGACUGAAAGAAGCUGAUGUCGACCCCGGCGCCCCCCCUUAUGACUCCUUGCAGACAUAUGCUUUUGAAGGAAACGGCUCCGUAGCCGAGUCCCUCAGCUCCCUAGAUUCCAUCAGCUCAAACUCUGAUCAGAAUUACGACUACUUGAGUGACUGGGGACCCCGCUUUAAACGACUCGCAGACAUGUAUGGAACCGGCCAGGAGAGUUUGUACUCAUAGCCCCGAACCUCCAUUUGAAAUGUACUGACAACAAAGUCCAAACAAAAACAAAUUCACUGCAUACGGAAAACAACCAGAACUCCACUUGCUAGAGAAAAUGGUGAUAAAUAUUGCUCCAUUUUUACCUGUGUAGGUUUCUGAUGGGUGAAGCGUUAUCUUUGUUAGACUUGUUCAAGGGAUUGCACUGACCACAGACUCUGAAGCAUUUGGAGGCUUUUUGAUAAAAAGAAAUACUCAGUGGUUUGUGAAUAGACAGCAACUCUCAGAUACCUACAAAGGCACCUAACCUCUGUGAGCGAGUAGAGCCUGUGGCACCAGUGAGCCAGGGGCCCUGUGCACACAUCCCUUCUCGGCAUUGCCAAGGGAGAGGACUAGAAACGCCACCUGCCAUUGAGGGGUCUUCCCUUCUCGCCCAUCAAAACUCGGAACAAAUUUAAUUUACAGUGACUUUUUUAAGCUUGCUAGAUAGAAUUCAGCAGGAUUUUAUUGCUGUUGAUUAGCAAAUAUAUUUUACUUAGCAGUAUAUCAAUUCUUAGAAAAUCUUCCCCAAAAAUACCCCCUGCCAAGACAAGCCAAUAAAAUUUGCUUUAAGGCAACCUAAAACCUUUCUUCAGCAAAUCAGUUACAAAGCAUUACAAACAAGAAAAAGGUAAAUCAUUCUCAAGUUCACAGUCAUUUUGAGAUGCUUGUUGUAGGUAUGGGAAGAGUUGCUUUCUAUUCCUUGAUUUUUAUUAUCUUCUGAUUUGUACAGGAGAAUAUCUUUGCUUUUUUAUUUGACACAUGGUGUUAUAUUCCUUUGGGAGCUCCAAUCUCCACUAAAUUCAGGUCCAUCUUACUGCCUGGCAGUGUUAAGCUGGUCAGAACGUGCUGAUUUUUCUCCCAUCUGAGUUAUGUGGAAGGAAUGAAGCUUGGAAAUGGAGGAAAACAGAGACACCAUCAAGCCCUGUGGCGCACGCAGCCACGGGGAUAGGGGGACGGGAUGCUCGGCAGAGCCAUUAAAAUGUGCUAACGUUGGAAUAAAAUAUUUGUAUUUUAGAAAGAAGAUUUUGGAGAGAAUUGAAAUUUCCUUUAUGUCAAAUUUAUUUUUCAAGGUCACAAGUUCUAUAUGCUCCAAAGACUUGAGAAUUUUUUUCCACGCCCUCUUUUGGCUGUGAACAUACUAAGUAAAAGACUUUUUAAAAAUAUCUAAAUAUAUUAAUGUCAUAUACUUCAAGGCCCACCUUUAAAUUCUGAUGCAAAUCUGUUCUUCAGGAAAUAAGCAAAUGAUGUCUAAUUUCUCUAUGGGUUCAGCUAUGUUGAAAUGAGAAUGGCGAUUCAAGCAACCACCUGCUUUGAAUUUGAGAUGGGCUACUUGGAAGAGAGAAAUUUAUGACUAACAUUUCUACCUAUCAUUUUUCCUAGAUUAAUACUGAUUUAAUAUGCAUAUAUUCAAGUAGGAAUGGAUUUAUUUUUCCUUUUACAAAAGAAUUUGUUGGGUUCAUAAUAAAUGACGGUGGACAAGUGCUUUGUUCUGAAAGACAGACACUGAAUCCAAAAUAUCACUAUUUUGAUUCCACAAGGAGAAACCAUGUAGGAUUCUGUAAACUUGCAGCCCACAUUUAGAAAUGAAAUAUGUGACAGUGGCCUUCAGCUUCAUCAAAAUAAAUAACUCAAUAAAUUUCUCUGCAAACAGUCCUUUCAUUUAAAUAAAGUUUUGUAGGCAUUGUUUAUGACUUCAU